CUCUCUCUCUCUCUCUCUCUCUCUGUGGAAAACCCAAACUUAGUUUUUUCUUUCACUUUCUCUCAAAACAAUCAGCCAGCCCUUUUAUGGCUACCUAGUACACCUCUCUCUCAUAGAAAAGGAGAAAAAGGUUAAGCCUUUGGCUCUGUUUUCUUUUUCUUGUAAAGGAAUGGAAGGAAUACAUGUAGAGGCAGAUGCAUCAGCCUUCAGAGACUGUUUCUCUUUGGCUUGGAAAAACCCGUAUGUUCUUCGUCUUGCUUUCUCUGCUGGAAUUGGUGGCCUUCUCUUUGGCUAUGACACAGGGGUGAUAUCAGGAGCUCUUCUUUACAUCAGAGAUGACUUCAAAUCUGUGGAUAGAAAGACUGUCUUGCAGGAGAGCGUAGUGAGCAUGGCAGUGGCUGGAGCCAUCAUUGGUGCUGCAAUAGGGGGAUGGUUGAAUGACAGGUUUGGAAGAAGAACUGCAAUUCUUAUAGCAGAUUUCUUAUUCUUCAUUGGUCUUGUGGUCAUGGCCUCUGCUCCUAACCCAGCCCUUCUCAUUGUUGGCCGGGUUUUCGUUGGACUUGGUGUUGGAAUGGCAUCAAUGACAGCUCCUCUGUACAUCUCAGAAGCUUCUCCUGCGAAAAUACGAGGUGCCCUUGUUAGUACCAACGGGUUUCUCAUUACUGGCGGCCAGUUCCUGUCUUACCUCAUCAACUUGGCCUUCACCAAGGCCCCCGGGACAUGGCGGUGGAUGCUUGGUGUUGCAGGAAUUCCAGCUUUGCUUCAGUUCAUCCUAAUGCUGCUUCUUCCUGAAUCUCCUCGUUGGCUGUUCCGCAAGGGGAGGGAAGAAGAAGCCAAAACCAUACUGAGGAGAAUAUACUCAGCUGAUGAGGUUGAAGCAGAGAUCCAAGCUUUAAAGGAGUCCGUAGAAACUGAGAUCCGAGAAAUAGGUUCUUCAAACAAAAUUAGCAUUAUUGAACUCUUCAAAACGAAAACGGUGAGAAGAGGACUGAUUGCUGGUGUUGGCCUUCAGGUCUUCCAGCAGUUUGUGGGCAUAAAUACAGUAAUGUAUUACAGUCCCACCAUAGUUCAGUUGGCAGGGAUUGCAUCAAAUCAAACUGCAUUGCUUCUCUCACUUGUAACUGCUGGCCUCAAUACCUUGGGCUCCAUUGUGAGCAUAUACUUCAUUGACAGGACUGGCAGAAAGAAGCUUCUCAUCAUCAGUUUGUGUGGAGUUAUUAUCUCACUCGGCCUUUUAUCAGCAGUUUUCCAUGAGACUACUUCCCAUUCUCCUCUUGUUAGCCCGAUCGAAACGUCUCACUUCACAAACUACACCUGCCCGGAUUAUAGUUCAGCCAGAAACUCUGCAGCUUGGGACUGCAUGAAGUGUUUGAAGUCUUCCUCUCCAGAUUGCGGGUUUUGUGCUUCAAAAGCUGACAAGCUACUUCCUGGAGCUUGUCUGAUCUUAAAUGACACAACAAAGGAUACCUGCCAUGUAGAGAACAGGUUGUGGUACACAAGAGGAUGUCCAAGCAAAUAUGGUUGGCUUGCACUAACUGGCUUGGCACUUUACAUCAUAUUUUUCUCUCCUGGCAUGGGCACCGUCCCGUGGAUUGUCAAUUCUGAGAUCUAUCCUUUAAGGUAUCGCGGCGUUUGCGGAGGGAUAGCAGCUACUGCAAACUGGAUCUCAAACCUCAUUGUUGCUCAGUCCUUCCUGUCCCUAACCCAGGCAAUUGGAACUUCUUGGACAUUCCUGAUAUUCGGGCUCAUUUCGGUUGUAGCCUUGAUCUUUGUCCUUAUUUACGUACCAGAAACAAAGGGGCUUCCAAUUGAAGAGGUUGAGAAGAUGCUGGAGCUUAGAGCUUUGCACUUCAAGUUCUGGGAGAAAAGGCCUAAGACGUUAGAAAAAAGCCAAGCUUUGUGAAAAUAGAAACUUGUGCAUUAAACAGGGAAGCAUGGAAAUUGGGCAAUAGAAUCCCCAAGAGAGCAAACUGAAUUAUAACCUGUAUUGAGUUCAAACAACCAAAAGAAACUCCAGCUUUGAUGGAAGAAGGCUAUGCCUAAAUUUACCUGUUCUCGUUGAAUGUGGAUUUGGACUCGUUUAAAUUCUGACUUGUUCUAAUCAUACAGAGGCAUCAUCAAUGAUAAGAAACUAUCAGAAUAGUCUGCAGCA